AUGCGCGGUACACGGCGCUUCUUCCACGCUUCUUGUUCUUUUUUUGUCUUGACUUCUUCAACGCUUCAGCUCGACUCUUUUCCCUCGUCUUCAGAGCCUAAGAGGAAGGACCAUUCACCGCAGUCGCUCUGUUUACCUGCCUGCUUUCAAGUGCAGCUUCUCCCCUCUGCUGCCAUAUCCAGAGGACCCAGUGUUGCGUUGUCGCUCUUCACAGCUUUCUUUCGCCAGGAUCCGUCGAAAUCCAAAAAGAGUAAACUCCGACAGCCGCUCUCUGCCUUUGAAGGCGCCGUUUUUCUCCCUGAAUUCUUUUUUGCGCUCUUCAGUGCUGGAUCCGCCCUCCUGUCGGAGAGCUCUGCGAGAGGAGCUGUCGCGAUUUCUUCACCGCUUUCCUUCCUCCGCGUCCCCAUGUUUUCUGCUCCGCUUCGGGUGCGCCUUCUUUGCCCGGCGCUUCCUCUGCGUCGAAAACAUCAAGUCGUCUCACCUCUCUUCGCCAUGAGCCGCCUGCCUUUCUCUUCACUCUCUCCUCGCUCUCCUCCCUCUUCUUGUUCUUCUCUGUCUCCUCUUUCUCCGCCAUGCGCUUCUUCUGGGCCGUGUGCUGGCGCAUGCGGCGCAUGCAACUUGCAGGCGGCUCAGAGAAAGCCGGAAAAUAGCCGUUCGCUCUCUUCGACGGCUGCUGCAGGACCGCCGGUCUUCGCCUACAAAAAAGUUCUCAACUGCGACAGGCCCGUGGACCAAAAAUUCAAGCGCCUCAACGACUUGAGCGAAAUGGUCAAGACAGUUCAAGUUCCAGGCUUCGAAAACCCGUUCCUUCGCGUUCCUCCGGAGCUUCUGACAGCUUUGACGAAAUACGCGUUCGAGGAAAUUUCUUUCUUUCUGCGGAGGUCGCAUUUGGAGUCUCUCCGAAGGAUUUACGACGACCCAGAUGCAUCCGACAACGACAGAUUCGUUGCUCUAACUCUGCUGAAAAACGCAAACAUCGCCGCAGGAAGAGUCUUCCCGGGAUGUCAAGACACUGGCACAGCGAUCGUCUUGGGCAAGAAAGGCGCCUCAGUGCUGACCGACGGCAGUGAUGAAGAAGCGAUUUCCAAGGGUGUGUUUGAGGCGUACACGCAAAAUAAUCUCCGGUACAGUCAGGUGGCUCCCAGAGACAUGUUCACAGAGUACAACACACGGUCGAAUCUGCCGGCAGACGUCACCCUUUUGUCGACUUCUGGAAACGCGUUCGAGCUCCUCUUCGUCGCUAAGGGCGGUGGAAGUGCAAACAAGACGUUCCUUUAUCAGCAGACGAAAGCGUUGUUGAAUCCGACAAGUCUGUUUGCCUUUCUGGAGCAGAACAUCAAGACGAUCGGGACGUCUGCUUGCCCGCCGUACCACCUGGCGAUUGUGGUUGGCGGCCUUUCUGCAGAGCAGACGCUGAAGACUGUGAAGCUGGCCUCCUGUCACUACCUCGACGGUCUGCCCACCAGCGGCGGAGGCAGCUCCUUCGGCUUUCGCGACUUGGCAUGGGAGGAGAAGAUUCUGCAGAUGACGCGGGAGAUCGGCAUCGGGGCGCAGUUCGGCGGGAAGUACUUUUGCCAUGAUGUGCGAGUCAUUCGCCUCCCGAGACACGGAGCUUCCUGUCCCGUCGGCAUCGGCGUCUCCUGCUCGGCAGACCGGCAACUGGUCGCGCGAAUUCAAGCAGACGGAGUCUUUGUUGAGGAACUGGAGGAGAAUCCAGCGCAGUUCCUGCCGGACGUCUUGGAGGAUCACCUGAAGACGGAGGGUGAGGACGGCAGGGAAGCUGUGAAAGUCGACCUGAACAAACCUAUGAAGGAGAUUCUGGCCCAGCUGUCGCAGUACGGCACCGCAACUCGGCUUUCGCUGUCGGGAACGAUGAUCGUCGCCAGGGACAUCGCGCAUGCCAAGCUUCUGGAGCGCCUCGAAAAAGAAGGCGAUGUGCCUGAAUACCUCAAAAACCACCCAAUCUACUACGCAGGACCAGCCAAGACUCCAGAAGGCGAAGUUUCAGGUUCCUUUGGGCCAACGACUGCAGGUCGGAUGGACGUUUACGUGGACAAAUUCAUGCAGAAAGGAGGAUCCAUGAUCACACUGGCCAAGGGCAACCGGUCGAAGGCGGUGGCGCAUGCAUGCAAAAAAUACGGAGGCUUUUACCUGGGAUCCAUUGGAGGCCCCGCCGCAGUGCUCGGCAGAGACUGCAUCAAGAAGGUGGACAUCAUCGAGUACCCUGAGCUCGGCAUGGAGGCUGUGUGGAAGAUCGAAGUCGAGGACUUCCCCGCCUUCAUCGUGAUUGACGACAAGGGCCAUGACUUCUACAGCAAGUGGAUCGGCUGAGCUGUAGAUUGCGAGCAGUGAAGUCGAGGAGGCGUCAAAGAAAUGAAACAUCAGAGAAACGAUCAAAAGAAUGGGAGGUGAUUGAAGAGUGAGACCUCCAGGCCUUUCGCGCAAGCUCGGUUGCUUCUUUCUGUGCCGGUUCUUUGGAGUCGGAGUCACAGAAGAGUAGCGGAGAGGCUGACAGAGGCGAACAUAGACGCGGAUAUGCAUGGGGAGUCUAUAAGUGAGUAGAUCGCUUGGUUUUUUCGCGCCGGUAAACACCAGUUUUUCGUGGGCGCGCAAGAGUGAAAAGAUUUUGGAGAGCAUUCCCGUUGUCGUUUUCUUUGCGCCUGUAUAGACCUCCGGGUACUUCUGAUCGACAGCGUCUCUGUGUUUGGAUAUACAGGAGUAUCGACAGAGAGAGGAAGGUAGUGUACUCGCGCUUUUUAAACGCAUGCAUCUGUAUCUGUUUUUUGCGUUUGCGUUGACGGGGUCAUGCCCGCGAGGUUUCAGAGGAGAGGCGAUCUCCAGGUGAAACCUUGCAGAGUCUUCGCACGCAAAUCCUGUCUGCAUCUUCGUUGUGUGCUUGCACAUCUGAGAGGGAAAUGCGUCACUAGUUUUUGAGUUGCCUCGAAGCUGGAGAAGAGUUCCCAGCGAGCUGGUCGCCUUCCAAGUCGCCGUGGCUCUUCCGUUUUCCUCGCGAAAAUGCGCCCAGAGAAAUCUUUGUUUGUUAACUGGAUAAAAAAAGAACCGGA